AUGGAUUGGGUAUUAAAGGGAUUGAACACUCUAAACCUACAGUUUAGUGACCUCUACCCACAGGAAGGUUUAGAUUUGUUACUGAAUUUGACAUUGGUUGAUUCAGACUAUAGCUAUUGUUUCAAAGCAUUAAUAAUGUUCUUGGUAAUUGCAGAGAUUUCUACCUCUGUACUAUCUAAUGAGUCUUCUCGUAUUCCAUUCUUGAACGGUGAUAAUUUUUCAAACUGGAAGGACAAAAUCCUUCUAACAUUAGGGUGCAUGGACCUCGAUCUGGCACUCCGUGUGGAUGAACCUCCUGAACCCACGGACGAGAGUUCCGCUGCCGAAAAGAGUGCUUAUGAUAAGUGGGAGCGAUCCAAUCGCUUAAGCCUAAUGCUCAUAAAGUCACAUAUUAGCCAGAGCAUUAGGGGCUUAAUCCCACCAUCUGAUAAGGUCAAGAACUACAUGAGGGCUAUUGAAGAGCAAUUUGUUAGUUCUGACAAAGCAUUGGCAAGUACCUUAAUGAACAAACUAUCAGGAAUGAAGCAUAACAAUUCUAGGAGUGUGUGUAAGCACAUUAUGGAAAUGAGGGACAUUGCAGCUCGUCUUAAGUCCUUAGAGAUUGAGAUUUCUGAGUCAUUCCUUGUUAAUUUCAUACUCAAUUCUCUUCCUGUAGAAUAUGAAGCAUUCCAAAUUUCUUAUAACACACAGAAGGAAAAAUGGUCUAUCAAUGAACUUUUGACCAUGUGUGUUCAAGAGGAGGAGAGAUUGAAGCAUGGAAAAGUAGAAAGUGCUCAUUUAGCAACACAUAAAGGAGGACAAUGGAAAAAGGGAAAAGGUGAUCAGAAAUGGAAGAAGCUUGGUAAAGUGUCGUUUUGA